AUGGAAACAUUAGCUGAACUUAACUUGGAGGUAGUUAAUACGGGAAAAAAGCCUACUUUUAGUGCAUACAGAAGAGACACCCUCUGCUCCAGCAUUAUAGACAUUACCGCCUGUACAACAUCACUAUUGCAUAAGAUUGAGAAUUGGAGAGUUGACGAUUCCUUUUGUACUUUAUCUAAUCAUAAGCCAAUUCUUUUCAAAUUUAGUACGACAACUUCAUUUAUUGAGUCAAAAAUCAACAGCACCAGGAAAUACAACACAAGGAAAGCAAACUGGAGCCAUUUCAACGUUGAACUCAAGAGGGCACUAGACAACAACGGCCUAACCAAAGAAAGAAUAGGAGUUAUUAGGACGACACAGGAGAUUGAUGAAUUCGUAAAAACAUAUACAGAAUGCAUAACAAAGGCAUGCGAUGAGACGAUUCCGAAAAUAGAACGAAAACAGUUACCAAAAGCCGCUAAAUGGUGGAACACCGAAAUUAAAGAAAAAAAGGAGAUCAUGAUCAGAUUACGAAGAAGAAUAAGGAAUGCACACCCUACAAGAAAGAACUGGGUCAUAGAACAAUAUCUCCAAGCACGAAAACAAUAUAAGGAAAGUAUAGAAGACGCCACAACCAAAAGCUGGAAAGAACUAUGCACGAACGAGCAGAAAGAAAACGUGUGGCAACGCACAUAUCGGAUAUUGAAGGUCUGUUCUAAUGUGGAGGGAGACAAACUGCUCAAAGACCAAAAUGGGACAAUCCUUUCAGAAAAAGGGUCAGCAACACUUCUAGCUGAAACCUUUUACCCCAAAGAUAAUCCAAACACCGAUACUAAGGAACAGGAUGACAUAAGAACAAAAACAAAUGAACUUAUAGCACAACUCGAAAACAAAGCAUUAGAAGUUAAGACACCAUUCGCUAGAACUGAAAUAGAUCAAAUACUAAGCAACAUGAGCCCUAAAAAAGCCCCGGCCAUGCCUGCGACUCAGGGAGACCCCCCUGCCCUCCCGGCGACGGCCGAGGAGGUCAGAGACUUUGAUACAUUCACCUCUGUGAUCAACAAGCUGACUUCAUGUGUCAGCUCAGCAAUAAAUGAGGGAAAAAGUGUAACUGCGGUGAAUAAGCGCCUGAUUAGUCUGGCCAUGGAGGAAAUCCGCCGGGCUGCCCGAACCCUAAACAGUGUUAACACCAUCACCUCUCCCAGCGCAUCAGCCCUGGGGGAAAUUAAAGAAGAAAUCGUGGCCUGUGUCCGCGAGGAGAUGACUGGUUUAAGGAAACUGGUCAACACAAUGAAAAAACCAACCUACGCCCAGGCUGUCUCUGCGGCCAGUGGGGCUUCUACAUCUGUGGGAGGGCCUGCCCCCCGUACCGUACCAACUAUCUCAAAGCCUGCCGUAAUCAUCACCCCGGCUAAAGAUGUUAAAACGCGUCAGGAGGCUGUUGAAUUAUUUAGGAAAAGUAUAUCAUAUAGGAACUCCACUUAUGCACCGACUAGGGUUCAACCCGUAUCCAACAACAAACUCCGCGUGGAGUUUGAAAAUGUCUCACAAAGGGAUGACACGCUCACAAGGCUAGAGAAUAGCAAGGAUGUCAAAGCAGAACCCGUGCGUAUGCUUAAACCCAUGGUUAUUCUUAAGGGCAUAUCCAAGGAUGUUCCCUCGGAGGACCUGGUUAAGUUGAUCAGCAAGCAAAACCCUGAGAUAUCCCAUUUGAUUGAGGGUGAGGGUCGUGACGGUGAGGGCCUCCGACUCCGCUUUAAGCGAGGUAAUCGCAAUAGUAAUCUAUAUAACGCGGUGUUCCUGGCAGAGGCCAAGGUAUACCGUAAGAUUCUCGACUUAGGGAGGGUCUGCGUGGAUCACCAGAGAAUAACCGUGGACAGCUUUUCUCCGUUCUUGCAGUGCCACAAGUGCCUUCAGUUCGGACACAUGAGGUCCAAAUGCACCGCCACCGAAAGUCUUUGCUCGCACUGUGCUGGCUCCGACCACCAGGUGGACAAAUGCCCCGUGAAAAAUGAGCCUGGCAGCGUCAAGUGCUAUAAUUGCACUUCUCACAAUGCCAGAUUUAAAUCCAACCAAGACUGCAAACAUACCGCUAAUUCCGAUAAAUGUCCCAGACUGCGAGCCAUGAAAGAUAAAAUAAAUCAAAGAGUCGACUAUGGAUUUGCACCAUAA